UUGUCCACGCAAAUAUUUCAAGAGCAGUAUGGCUAGUUCCCACAACUUCGUCUCCAUUGUUCAUCUCUUUCUGUUUUUCUUCUUCCUCUUUCUGUUGGGACCUCGUUUGGAAUUUAUUAAACAUGCUUCAUGCACCGAAAGCCUAACUGUCAAAUGCUUAGAGAAGGAGAGGAAAACACUUCUUGCCUUCAAAGAAUGUCUGACAGAUCCAUCAGGUCGGCUCUCUUCUUGGGUUGGUGAAAAUUGUUGUACAUGGAGAGGCGUUGGUUGUGACAACAGAACAAGACAUGUCGUCAAGCUUGACCUCAAAAAUCCAGUUUCGGUCUUUGACACAAAAACAGAUGAAGUAAGUAGAGAUUUCAAGAAAUCAUGCUUGGGGGGUAAGAUAAGCCCUUCUUUACUCGAUUUAAAGCUUUUGAGCUACCUAGACCUAAGCCUGAAUAAUUUUAAUGGAAACAAUAUUCCAACUUUUUUGGGUUCCCUUGAAAGUUUGAGGUAUCUUAAUCUCUCGUUUUCGUCUUUUGGUGGAGUUAUUACUCCUCAUCUUGGUAAUCUAUCAUGUCUCCAAUAUCUGGACCUUAGUUCAGGUUCAUUCUUUGGCAACUUUUCAGGACUAGAAGUCGAAAGCCUACAAUGGCUUGCUGGUUUUCCUUCCCUUAAGUACCUUAGCAUGAGUGUGGUAAACCUCUCGAAAGCAUCAGAUUGGCUACAGGCGGUUAAUAUGCUCCCUUCCUUAUCGGAGUUACACUUGCAUGGCUGUGGACUUGUUAGUCUGCCUCAUACCAUUUACUCUAUUAACUUCACAGGGCUUUCUGUCCUUGAUCUCUCUUCCAACAAAUUUGAUUCCCCAAUACCUCACUGGCUGUCAAAUGUGAGUGACCUUACAGUACUCAAUCUUGCCAACAGCUCCCUUCGCUUCUUUUCUUAUACUGCAAUUUCUAAUAUACAUUCUUUAUGUGAGCUUCAUCUUUCACAUAAUUUCCAACUUGAAGGUCAGUUACCAUCUAGUCUGGGAAACCUGACCAACUUGCAUAUAUUGGAUUUAUCUUUCAACAAUUUUACAGGAGAGAUACCGAGCUCAUUUGCCAACCUUUGCCAAUUGCAAACGUUUGAUCUAAGUUUCAGCGACGUAAGAGGGGAGAUAGUUGGGCUUGUGGAUGGUUUGUCUCGAUGUUCUACAUCCAGCCUAGAAUCACUAGUUUUGAGUGAAAAUAACUUGCUUGGGGGUAUCCUGCCACACUCAUUGGGAGGGCUCGAGAAAUUGAAGACUAUUGACCUUGGGUAUUGUUCUUUUUGGGGCUCAAUUCCAUCUUCUGUUGGUAAAUUGUCAUCCUUGCAGGAACUUUUCCUUUCCGAUAAUCAAAUGAAUGGAAGCAUUUCAGAAACCAUUGGGAAUCUAUCAAUGCUGGUCUCCUUGGAGUUGGAUUACAAUUUUUGGGAAGGUGUCUUAACUGAAACUCAUUUUCAGAAUCUCUCUCGAUUGGAACAUAUGGUUUUGUCUGUUUCAGAAUCCACCAAAUGGACAUUGGUCAUAAAAGUAAAUCAUGAUUGGCUUCCUCCUUUUAAGCUUAAGCUUAUCGGAUUAUAUAAUGUGUUGAUUGGACCACAGUUUCCAACAUGGCUUCGAGAUCAAACGGAGCUUAUGACUCUUUUACUUGUCAAUGUUGGCAUUUCCGACACAAUUCCGCACGGCUUUUGGAAUUCCUGCUCAAAUAUUGGGUAUUUAAAUUUUUCCAAUAAUGAACUACGCGGACAGGUAUCACACUUACCAAUUUGAUCACCCUUUGGUAAAUUAUAUUGACUAUAAUUCAAUUGUUUCAAUAUUUGUACAGAUCACUUUUUCUCGUGAAUACAUUUUUUUUUCUUUUUACAGAUCCCUAAAAACAUAGGUGAACUAUUGCCCAAGUUGUCAGUUUUGGACUUCUCUUCAAAUUCUCUUACUGGUGUAAUUCCCUCUUCUACCGGAAUGUUAAGAGAGCUUUAUUUACAAAACAAUUGUUUAUCUUGGAAACUGCCUCCUCAUUGGAAGAAUUUUUCAUCGUUAUCUGUAUUGGACAUUUCAAACAAUAGCAUUUCCGACACGAUUCUGCACAGCUUUUGGAAUUUCUGCUCAAAUAUCGAGGAAUUAUAUCUUACCAAGAAUGGACUACGCGGACAGAUCCCUGAAAACAUAGGUGAACUAUUGCCCAAGUUGAGAGUUUUGGACUUCUCUUCAAAUUCUCUUACAGGUGGAAUUCCCUCUUCUGUUGGAAUGUUAAGAGAGCUUUAUUUACAAAACAAUUGUUUAUCUUGGGAAUUGCCUCCUUAUUGGAAGAAUUUUUCAUUGUUAUCUAUAUUGGACAUUUCAAACAAUAGCAUUUCCGACACAAUUCCGCAUGGCUUUUGGAAUUCCUGCUCAAAUAUUGGGUAUUUAAAUUUUGCCGAUAAUGAACUACGCGGACAGGUAUCACACUUACCAAUUCGAUCACCCUUUGGCAGAUUACAUUGACUAUAAUUCAAUUGUUCCAAUAUUUGUACAGAUCACUUUUUCGCGUGAAUACCUUUUUUUUUCUUUGUACAGAUCCCUAAAAACAUAGGUGAAUUAUUGCCCAAGUUGUCAGUUUUGGACUUCUCUUCAAAUUCUCUUACUGGUGGAAUUCCCUCUUCUACCGGAAUGUUAAGAGAGCUUUAUUUACAAAACAAUUGUUUAUCUUGGAAACUGCCUCCUCAUUGGAAGAAUUUUUCAUCGUUAUCUGUAUUGGACAUUUCAAAUAAUAGCAUUUCCGACACAAUUCCACACGGCUUUUGGAAUUCCUGCUCAAAUAUUGAGGAAUUAUAUCUUACCAAGAAUGGACUACGCGGACAGGUACCACACUUACCAAUUUGAUCAACCUUUGGCAGAUUACAUUGACUAUAAUUCAAUUGUUCCAAUAUUUGUACAAAUCACUUUUUCUCCCGAAUACCUUUUUUUCUUCUUUGUACAGAUCCCUAAAAACAUAGGUGAACUAUUACCCAAGUUGUCAGUUUUGGACUUCUCUUCAAAUUCUCUUACUGGUGGAAUUCCCUCUUCUACCGGAAUGCUAAUAGAGCUUUAUUUACAAAACAAUUAUUUAUCUUGGGAACUGCCUCCUCAUUGGAAGAAUUUUUCAUCAUUAUCUGUAUUGGACAUUUCAAAAAAUAGCAUUUUCAACACAAUUCCGCACGGCUUUUGGAAUUCCUGCUCAAAUAUUGAGGAAUUAUAUCUUACAAAGAAUGGACUACGC